UCUGAGAAUCAGAUAUUCUCAAUUUUUGUAACGUCUAUUGAAGUUCCAGGUCAAUAGCUGGUGAAAUGUUCUCAAUGUCAUAACAAAGAAGAACGCGUUGAAUACCCUGGAAAGUAUUUCCGACCUCUUGUUUAUGGUCAUUAUAUUCGACCGAGCGUAAUGAUGAGUACAGCAGUGUGUUUUUCUACUCAAACAAUCACUCAUUGAAUGGUUGUUACGUCGUGUCCUGCAGGAUUUUCCAAGUCUCGCAACUUCUUUCGGGAAACCAAAAUGCAGCAAAUACAAUGGCCGAAUUUCAGAGGGGUCACGGGACAGCUAGGCACAAUGCGCAUGGUAAGAAAGAGUAAAAAAGAGUCGGGCGUGGAGAAACGAGUUCCCAGUAUCGUGGGGAAAGGAUACAACAGACCGAAAUCUGUGGACGCAGUUACUUUGGCUCUGCAACACCAAAUGAGCAACUUGAGUCUUUCAACAAAUGGUAUCAAGAUUUCGAAACGGCCUGUUUCUUCCACACCAACUCUGUCAUCAACAAAAUCGCGCGGAAACAGCUCAAAGAGUGGUGGUGCAUUCAAUGUUGGAGACGAAUUCGGAAGCAUUGCAUCCAGUAGCUCACUUAGUAACAUCUUAGAGACCCCUUCAAACGAAUCGAAUUAUUCAGCGGAGACCAACAGUGAAUCGGACAAUUCACAAGGCGUUUCCAAGCGCAUUGUGGGCCAAUCGUAUCCAAAGUUUAACAUAAACACUCACAAUGCCACGAAAAUGUUGAGCGAUAGGGAAAAUGGCACUGAUAAAAAAGAAGCAUGUGGGUUCCUCCGCUGUGUAAUGUCUGAACUCGAGCGGAAGGAACGAGCAGAGGAAACAGCAAAGAGGAAGGCAAGGAGGAACGCCACGUUUACCAAGGAGCAGACCAGGCAGAUCGAUCGUGAGAAUCAGAUCCUGUUGAAUAAGUUGCUGCGGGUUGAGAAAAACAGCAAGCGCACCUUGACUCUAGCCGUUCCGGGUAUCUCUAGCAACAGGAAAAAAGAAAUGGAGAAAGAAAGUCGCAGAAUUCGACGAGAUAAUGCCAGACUCUACAUGAAAAUUAAAUUCGCUCGCCCUUCUGACCACUUGGUCCGAGCUUCUGAACUUGGCUGAUUGUAUCUGAUGUUCUGUACCUGCGAACCGAUGGGGUACUUUUAAAAAGCCCCGGGAUUGACUGACACGCCAGCAGACAGUACAGCCUCGGGUCAAGGGAGAUACGGGCAUGCACGAAGCCUGCAGGGAAACGAACCGAUCUGGAUCUGACUCCAUUUGCGGGAAACAGAAUAUCGACGUGGAGCUCUAUAUCUCGACGGACAGGAGAGAGUAAAUGCGCCGAUUGGAUGGAUAACUGGUAACUGCAUUAAUCAACAGCAAGAUUAAUUUACACCAGCUUGGAAGGACAACACCGUAUCCACGAAUCGAAGUCAACGUACCAUAAACAGAUCGUCAGACUCUGCAACUGUUUUUAGUCUCAGCUGACAUCGCACCGAUCUACGAUUUUGUAUGGGUACCACGUGCGUUUCCAAAUUGCCUGUGAUCGUCAGAUAGCUAUUGAGAUCUCAUGAAUUUUCUAUAGGUUGAAGGG